AUGCAACGGAAAGACAGGCUGUUCAUCCGAGGGGCGCCCUACACAAAUUCUCAGACUCGGACGUUAGUCGAUCAUGCUUCGGUAAAUGGCGGAGCGAAGCUUCUCGGUGCAGCUGAUGGAUUAUCUCAUCCUAGUGAUGUAUUAAAUGGUGAUGAUGGUAAGUAUAUGAUGUGUCAGUGUGAUCUCCGUAAGAAGUGGAUAACAUUCGCUUUGGAUGAUGACACAUAUGUUGAGAAGAUUGCCCUCGACACUAAGGAGUAUUUCUCAUCGACUUUCCGUCAUCUGCAAAUCUUAGGGUCCCGCAAGUAUCCAACUGAUACCUGGCGUGUUCUUGGGGAGAUCGAAACUGAUCCUACAGAGACUCAACAAUGGUUUGAUCUCUCACAUACUAGCAGGUGUGCUAAAUGCUAUGUUAAAUACAUUAAAAUUAGAGUACUGACAAGUCACACUAUGGAAGGUUAUGCGAUGUGUACUUUGACCCGUGUUCAAAUAUUUGGUAGUACUAUGAUACAGAGUAUUGGUAAGCUGCAGAAACGUUACGAGGUUCAGAAGCAUCCAGCAGCGUUCAUCAGUGCGGAGAAGAUGGAACUUGCUACUGAACAAAGCCUGAAGUCGUUGACUGACUGCUCGGCUUUAAACCCAAAUGGCACAAGUAUAUCCUCACAAUAUGAUAACUUUAGGUUUCCUGGUGCAAAAGCGUCUAAUGUGGAGCAGAGUGGGAGCACUUCCAAGCCGUGGAAAGUUGGGAACUCAUCGUACAAUGACGGAGGUGGGCGAGACCACAAUGACACUGUUGAGAAUGUGGCUGAGGGCCCUCCACUGCUGAGGUUUAUCGAGGAGAUGACUGAGUUGGAAGCUAAUUACCACAAUCUAGCCACCAAUGUCAACACUCUCCUCGCCGACCUUAAAUACCAUGAGCAGGAUAUCUCGGAGAUGAAACGUCGUACUGGUCAUGGACAUUCCGAAUUCAGUGAUGAUGGGCUAUUGCCAGACUUAUUCACAUCACUGGGCUCCGACACCAUCAUCAAGUUGCUCCUGUACAUGGUGGUUUUGCUCAGUCUAUCCCAAAUGUACCUAGCGUAUAGAGUAUUCGCAGGUGGCCCGGUUGUGGCAUAUAAGGCAGGCAAUGUCUCACCAAACGGUAAACCAAGGAAGCAUCGAAGGAGGAAUAGGAAACGCAUUAUUAUCCCAUCUCCUAUCCCGUCAGAUGGCUUUGCCAGUGCAUGA